AUGGCCGCUUCUUCUGCCGCGCUGCUUCCGCGCCUCGUCCUCGCCAUCAUCUGCGCGGUCGCCACCACUCAUGUGGCACGGGGGGAGAACAGUGCAGGAAGCGGGAAUCAGAGCAUGCAGCCAGGCGUGGGCGUGGGCAUGGGCGUGGGCGUGGGCGUGGGGGUGGGGGUGGGGGAUGGCAGCAGCACAGGUGGCGCGGUGGAGGCUCGGGUGCACGUGGCAACGGUGAUCGCGGUGCCGGGCGUGAGCGUCCCCGUUAGCUUCGACGCCCUCCGCUGCUUCAGCCUUCCCCGGGCGGCGCGCAAGGCGGCUGGAGACGUGCAGGUGUGGUGGCACGGGCUCACGGGCGGCAGCACGGGCGGCGGCAGGGGCGGCAGCGGUGGUGGCACGGGCGGCGGCGGUUUGUAUGGCAAGGGUGGGGGUGCGGCAUGCAAGCAACUCAAGUUUUUUGCCAACCCGGCCUGCAAGGGCAAGGCGCUGGAUGAGGUGCUGCAGCCGCAAUACUCCAAUCUGCGCAAAUUCUUCCACAUUCCCAGCUCAAAGAAGGUUGCCCGAUGGACUUCCGUCUCCCUGCAAGUGUGGUGCGUGCCUUGCCUCCCUGCCUCCUUGCUUCCUUGCUUCCUUGCUUCCUUGCCUCCUUUCCUCCUCGCCUCCUCACCUUCCCUCCUUGCCGCCUUCUCUCCUUACCGCCUUCCCUCCUAA